CACCCGGCUCCCCACUGCGCUGCCCAGAGGCCUCUGCCCUGCCCUGUCGCCAGCCUCCAGUCCCCGCAGUGCCGAAGCAGAACAUGGACGUCACCAUCCAGCACCCCUGGUUCAAGCGUGCGCUGGGACCCUUCUACCCCAGCCGGCUGUUCGACCAGUUCUUCGGUGAGGGCCUCUUCGAGUAUGACCUGUUGCCCUUCCUGUCUUCCACCAUCAGCCCCUACUACCGCCAGUCCCUCUUCCGCACAGUGCUGGACUCUGGCAUCUCCGAGGUCCGAUCCGACAGGGACAAGUUCGUCAUCCUCCUGGAUGUGAAGCACUUCUCUCCCGAGGACCUGACCGUGAAGGUGCUGGAGGACUUCGUGGAGAUCCAUGGCAAGCACAACGAGCGGCAGGAUGACCAUGGCUACAUUUCCCGGGAGUUCCACCGCCGCUACCGCCUGCCCUCCAACGUGGACCAGUCGGCCCUGUCCUGCUCCCUGUCUGCAGAUGGCAUGCUGACGUUCUCAGGCCCCAAGGUCCAGUCUGGCCUGGACGCUGGCCACAGCGAGAGAGCCAUUCCCGUGUCGCGGGAGGAGAAGCCCAGCUCGGCACCCUCGUCCUAAGCAGGCCUCGGCCUCGGCUGCCCCCCUCGGCCCCUGACCCCUCCAGCUGGGGGGACCACAGGAAAGGCCUCUGCCUUCCCUUCCUUUCCUUUCCUUCAUCCCCCGUCUUCUCAGAGGAAUGAGGUUCUGAGAGAGUGGCCGGGAGCUUGGAGCCGUGACCGCAGGGUGUCCCAGGCCCAACACCUGCCCGCGGGGGGAGUGAUUGCAUCACACGCUUCUCUAGAUGGGACCUUGUCCUCCUGAGGGACAUCAGCUCUGCUCAGAGGGCAGGAGGGGGGGACCAGCCCCACGGGUGCCCUGGCCCAGCCCUCUGGAUGGAUCCGGACACCGGUGGCCUCCUCGGCGGCCCAGCCCACUUCCCUGUGGUGCCGUGGGUGCUGGGGGCCCCUGGCUCUGCAGCCUGCUCCUCUCAGACCGUCUUCCUGCACCCUUCCUCUGUGUAUUUCCUCUCCUGGGCACUCCGGUCACCCAUGAGAAUGAGCCCAUGGCAGCCAAUAAAGAGCAGGUGGCACAGCAA